GGUGUUAAAGAUUGAGAUAAAGUAGUCGUUUGCUAUACAAAAAGAAAUAUUUUUGUUAUUUUGUAAACAAUUCAGUAAGAUUGUUGUGAUAAUUAGAAAAUUAAAAAAGUGCGACCAAUUGAAUAAUCUUUUUUGGUUUUCACUCUCAGUUCACGUGUAUAAUUAUAAUUACCAAUAAAUAAAUUCUUAUAGGGCCAUAUUACACUCACAUAUAUUUUUGAACGCCAUUCCUUAUACAAAAUUUAAUUUUUUGGAACUGAUUUUUGUCAAACUGCUCCUUUUGUGGUUUGAAGACUUGAGCUGAAGUUUAGAUAAUAUUUUUGUGUAAAUAUGGCCCUCAAAACAAGACCCUAUAUGACACAAGCUAAUGUUUAUAGACAUCCAACCAAACUUUUAUUUUGGUUUCAUCUUUUUUCUUUAAUCUUUGUGUAUUUCAAGUGUAAUGCCCUAACUGAGAAUGUCAUCCAUCGUCCUGGUGAACCAUCAGUCAUCGCCUCGCCAACCGAACAAUGUCUUCCAUCUCCAAGAACAUUUACCGUCCAACUUGAUAUCGACUUGGCAUCUGAUGAAUAUGUUGGAUUAACUGGUGAUUCCUUCGAGCUAGGAUCAUGGGAUCCACUUCGAAGCGUCCAACUAUCUGAAGCUACCACAAAUAUUUGGACUGGCAAUGUUAAUCUUUGCAGUCCAGGAAAAGUUCACUAUCGUUAUUUCAUCUACAGCUUGGAUUCCUUAGGUCGUAUUCAAAUCAAACGAUGGGAAUCCUAUGUGGAACCUAGAAAUCUUCGAACUUGUAAUCACGGUUGCAUGCGAAUGGAUAAAUUUGGUCAAAUUGAUGAUCAUCACAAGAUUUCACGUGGCUGGUUGACAAAUGAAUCAGUAAUUCAAUUGAAAUUCUUAAAUAAAGUCUUCUCGUUUGAUGGUUUGAAUCCUGGAAAAAUGUACAUGAAAAUAGUAACUGUGGAGGAUGAUAGUGUUUUGCCAAAUUACAAUGAUGUUCUUGGUAAUGUUGAAGUUGUCAAUAUGAAGUAUGGAAGAAGUACUUGGGAACGUCAAUCAGAUCUUGGAAUAUUGUAUGAAGAUGGAGAAAUUGUACUUUUCCAAUUGACUGUUCCAUUGGGACAUGAAAAUGAGACUUUUGCCUUGGUUUUGCAUUCGGAAGACCGUCAGCCAUUGGGACAUGCUUAUAUCUCGUCCUCAUUGAUGCCAAUUGAUGAUGGAAAAAUGGAUUUGAAGGUUAUAACUCCUGACGGAAGUGAGACCAUUGGCAGUGCCAAAUUACCCUACGUCGUAAUAAGACCGUUAUCCGGUGCAAAGCUCAAUUUCCGUACCAGUUACGCUCAUACUUGGCAACCUCAAUGGGAAAGUCUUCUCAUUGGUCAUUGUGGAGCUGGUUUAAGCUUCAUUCCAAAUGGAUCUCCAGUAACUGAGAACACAAUAGCUUCAUACAAAAGAGCCUAUGCAUCAAACGCUGAUAUGAUCGAACUUGACGUUCACAUGACUCAAGAUCUGGUUCCAGUGGUUUACCACGAUUUUGAAAUUUACACUGCCCCUGUUGGAGUCGAACCAAAGACUAAAGCUGAUUUGACGAAAAUCUUCCUUAAGGACAUUCGCUAUAGUGAACUCAAAGACGUUAGAAUUUUCUAUGUGACAGGUGAAACAAUCCGAGAAUAUCCGUCACACAAUUCGGAGGAACGUCAAGAUCAUCGACUUUUCCCAACUCUAGAAGAUGUAUUUCAACAGCUUCCUCUUGGUCUGGCUGUCAAUGUUGAGAUCAAGUGGCCACAGCUUUUAGUCGAUGGAUCAUUGGAAGCUGAUCAAAUGCCUGAUAAGAAUCUUUUUGUAGACCUUUUGCUUUUGACAGCUUUACGUAAUGGCUGCGGAAGAAUGAUUGCAUUCUCAUGUUUCGACGCUGAUAUUUGUACCAUGGUUAGAAUGAAGCAAAAUAUGUUUCCUGUGAUAUUUUUGACUCUUGGAUCGACAGACAAAUGGCCAGCUUAUGAGGAUCCUCGUUGUAAGGAUAUCGAAACAGCUGCUACUAAUUCUCAGGUUUUUGAACUUGCUGGAGUUGCAGCUCACGCUGAGGAUAUACUCAAAGAUCCUUCGGUAGUUCGUUUGGCUACUGAUCUUGGUCAGAAGGUGUUCCUUUGGGGAGAUGAUAUAAAUUCAAUUGAAAGAGUGAAGCUAUUCGAAUCAUUUGGAGUAACUGGAAAUAUAUUUGAUAGAGCUGAUUUAAUCAUUCCAAAGGAGAGAGAAAAUUUAGUCUUUCGUAAUGCAGAGACAAUUGAGUAUUUUAGGGGACAGUGUUCCCCAUAAAAAUGGAUCGAUGUAUCUUUAGUACGAAAACUGAUAAAAAGAUACUUCAAACUGACCUAAAUUACAAAAAAAAGGCAGUUGUUGACAAACAAAAUGUUAAGCCCCAGGAUAACGAGCGUACUUUUGGUUAGGAUUUAUUGACAAUGGAAACCAAAGGUUAUAUGACAUUAUGCUAAAAUGUGAAAAAUAAAAAUAAAGUGGAGAUAAAAGUUGUGGUGGAAGUGAAUAUAAAUGAUGAAUAUUAAAAAUGAUGAUUAAAAAUGAGGCUAUAUCAAGGCUAGAAAAAUUAAAUUUACUUCCCACCAUGAGCCACUAUUAAGAUACAAUCAGAAAAAACUAAUUGGCUAUAAAGUGAGAGUUUAUACCUUUGUAAUUCGACAGAGACCUUGCAAAUGGUCGUGAUGUUGAAUUGAAUUUUACAUAUUUAUAAUUUUUUUUUUGUUU